CCUCAGCCUCCGGAGUAACUGGGACUACAGGCGCGGACCACCAUGCCUGGCUAAUUUUUGUAUUUUUAGUAGAGACGAGGUUUCACCAUAUUGUCCAGGCUGGUCUAGAACUCCUGACCUUGUGAUCCACCCGCCUUGGCUCCCCAAAGUGCUGGGAUUACAGAUGAGCCACUGCGCCCGGCCUACAAUUUUUUUUUUUUUUUUUGAGACGGAGUUUUGCCCUUGUUACCCAGAAUGGAGUGCACUGGUGCGAUCUCGACUCACUGCAACCUCUGCCUCACGGGUUCAAGCGAUUCUCCUGCCUCAGCCUUGCGAGUAGCUGGGAUUACAGGCAUGUGCCACCACGCCUGGCUAAUUUUGUAUUUGUAGUAGAGAUGGGGUUUUUCUAUGUUGGUCAGGCUGCUCUCGAACUCCUGACCUCAGGUGAUUUGCCCGCCUUGGCCUCUGAAAGUGCUGGGAUUAGAGGCGUGAGCCACCGGGCCCGGCUACAAAUUCUUACAACUGGUUUGGAGGCAGAGUGCAAGGACAUUGGAGGAUCUAGGAAGACAUCCCUGAGCAAGUGACAUUUGAACUGAAAUCUGAAGGACUCCACUGGGGCCAUGUCAGAGCGAGAAGAGCGGCGGUUUGUGGAGAUCCCUCGGGAGUCUGUCCGGCUCAUGGCGGAGAGCACGGGCCUGGAGCUGAGCGAUGAGGUGGCGGCGCUGCUCGCAGAGGACGUGUGCUAUCGUCUGAGAGAGGCCACGCAGAAUAGCUCUCAGUUCAUGAAGCACACCAAACGCCGGAAGCUGACGGUUGAGGACUUCAACAGGGCCCUCAGAUGGAGCAGCGUGGAGGCUGUGUGUGGUUACGGAUCCCAGGAGGCACUGCCCAUGCGCCCUGCCAGGGAGGGUGAACUCUACUUUCCUGAGGAUCGAGAGGUGAACCUGGUGGAGCUGGCCCUGGCUACCAACAUCCCCAAAGGCUGUGCUGAGACAGCUGUCAGAGUUCAUGUCUCCUACCUGGAUGGCAAAGGGAACCUGGCACCUCAAGGAUCGGUGCCCAGUGCUGUGUCUUCACUGACAGAUGACCUUCUCAAGUACUAUCACCAGGUGACUCGUGCUGUGCUAGGGGAUGAUCCGCAACUGAUGAAGGUUGCACUCCAGGACUUGCAGACGAACUCCAAGAUUGGGGCGCUCCUGCCUUACUUUGUUUAUGUGGUCAGUGGGGUGAAAUCUGUAAGCCAUGACCUGGAGCAACUGCACCGGCUGCUGCAGGUGGCACGGAGCCUGUUUCGUAAUCCGCACCUGUGCUUGGGGCCCUAUGUCCGCUGUCUGGUGGGCAGUGUCCUCUACUGUGUCCUGGAGCCACUGGCUGCCUCCAUCAACCCCCUGAAUGACCACUGGACUCUGCGGGAUGGGGCUGCCCUCCUGCUCAGCCACAUCUUCUGGACUCAUGGGGACCUUGUAAGUGGCCUCUAUCAGCAUAUCCUGCUAUCCCUGCAGAAGAUCCUGGCAGAUCCUGUGCGGCCGCUCUGCUGCCACUAUGGAGCUGUGGUGGGGCUGCAUGCUCUUGGCUGGAAGGCAGUAGAACGAGUCCUGUACCCACACCUGUCCACCUACUGGACAAACUUGCAGGCUGUGCUGGAUGAUUAUUCAGUAUCUAAUGCCCAGGUCAAAGCAGAUGGGCACAAAGUCUAUGGAGCCAUUCUGGUGGCGGUAGAGCGACUGCUGAAGAUGAAGGCCCAGGCAGCAGAGCCCAACAGGGGUGGCCCAGGUGGCAGGGGGUGCCGGCGCCUGGACGACCUGCCAUGGGACAGCCUUCUUUUUCAAGAGUCGUCCUCCGGGGGCGGUGCAGAGCCCAGCUUUGGGUCCGGCCUCCCGCUGCCUCCAGGGGGCGCGGGGCCGGAGGACCCUUCUCUUUCGGUGACCCUGGCCGACAUCUACCGGGAGCUCUACGCUUUCUUCGGUGACAGCUUGGCCACACGCUUUGGCACCGGCCAGCCUGCACCCACGGCUCCGCGGCCGCCCGGGGACAAGAAGGAGCCGGCGGCAGCCCCGGACUCGGUGCGGAAGAUGCCGCAGCUGACGGCAAGCGCCAUAGUAAGCCCGCACGGCGACGAGAGCCCCCGGGGCAGCGGCGGAGGCGGCCCCGCGUCGGCCUCUGGGCCCGCCGCCUCUGAGAGCAGGCCCUUGCCGCGCGUGCAUCGGGCGCGCGGGGCACCCCGGCAGCAGGGCCCCGGGACCGGCACCCGCGACGUUUUCCAGAAGAGCCGUUUCGCCCCGCGCGGCGCCCCGCACUUUCGUUUCAUCAUAGCCGGGCGGCAGGCUGGGAGGCGCUGCCGCGGGCGCCUUUUCCAGACUGCCUUCCCCGCGCCGUACGGGCCUAGCCCGGCCUCCCGCUACGUGCAGAAACUGCCCAUGAUCGGCCGCACCAGCCGCCCCGCCCGCCGGUGGGCGCUCUCGGACUACUCGCUGUACUUGCCGCUGUGAGUCAGUGGCCGCUUCGUUCCUUGUAAAUAAAUCCCGCCCCCGGAA